GAGGACAUAAAAGAGAGUGCGUAAAACUAACUCAUUUGGAGCCAAGACUUACAGCAGGAUCAUACAAAGACUGAGAUGGAUGUAAUGAUGUGGAAACGCUGACCCCCUUUUUGAAUUAUCAGACUUUUGAGUCGACCAGUCGAGGAAUGGGGAGACGAGCAGCUGACCUGACGACUUCGGUUCCGGUUUUAGGAGUCCCUGCCUUGGUUGGCGUGCGUGGUUGGAAGGCAACAGGAGGAGACAGAUCCGGAGGAGCCCUGUGGGGACUUCAGUGCAGUGUUGGUGUUCAGACAUCCCCUGCGAUAAAUAGACCUCCUACCCAGCUAACUGAUACACUCUCAGAUAACAUUAGUCAAACAUCCAACAGCUAUAUUACCAAGGAAACGGAAGACAGGGAGAUACUGCUAACAAAGAGUGACAAGGAGAAAAAGGCUAUUCUAAAACAGAAAAGUGGCGAAUCCAAGACCAAAAAGGAAGUGACUUUCAAAGCACUUGGAGGUGAGGCCUCAAAGGAUGUGGCCUGCUGUCAGAGGAACAGUAGAGGGACUUAUUGCUAUACCAGGGCAAUCAAGACAAAUCCACACAUUGCAGGGAAUGCCAGGUCUAAUUGUAAAUCUGGUAACCGUUACACUAAUGGCAGUGUGGUUGACUCAGAGGCAAUCGGUGGGAUUACCGUACACAGUGAUGAGGCCGAGCCUGUAAAGGGAGCAACCUGUCGUGGAGGAGACCGGACCAGAUUGCAAGGUCAUUAUACAGAUUUGUGUAGGAAGACGCUGCCAUUAUCUGCUGCCCGACCUUUUGGUAUGCCUCAAAAAAUAUGCAACCACUGUGGAGGGAGACAGUCUGCAACCAACAGAGCUGUUAUUAUAGGGGAGAAAAUUCCUACUCCCAAUGCUUUCCUUAGAGGGAACUCUUUAAACUCAUCCUUCACCUCACUCUCGACCUCUACGCCUUUCCAAAUAUCCCACGCUGAAAAAAACCCUACGGCAAACCAUCAACUCUCCGACAGCAUUAAUAAUACUGACAACAGGACCCAAAUUACAGUCAAUCCGCAAUUAUUAUACGUUAAUGAGGAACUAAGGUAUCGAAAAACACCACACCCUGCAUGCCCGGUCCACUCUAUAGGCAAUCAAGUCACUUUGUCAAAUAUAAAUCCUGCCAGAGGUGAAACAUCAAUCCAACCUACAACCGUCUUACAUGCUAAAACCAUCACUAUCACAAAAGCAACAAUAGAAACCAGACAGGAUGAUUCCAGUGAAAACUUUGGUGCCAAACCUCCACAGGACUAUAAGCUCUCUCGUCCAACAACUCUCCCUUUGACCCCCAAGUUGGCCAUAGCUACCAAGGCCAACAACCCACAUUCGCACACUUACCCCAAGCGCAUUAAGACAACACAACACAUUUCUACACAAUACAAUGAAUCUCAAAAUGUAUGUGUGUCUAUACAUGCUGCACCUGAGAUUACACUGUCACCACCUUCGCAUUUAUAUACUGUAUCCACAGGAACUGGAAAUACAUCCAGCACAGCACAGGUAGUUAGCUGUAAUGAAGCCCCUGACAAAAGCAAACCUCAAUGCACACUGGGACCAGACAUCAGAACUCAAAGCAGUAACAAACCUGGUAAAUGCGGUGUUGUUCGUCAUCAGGAAAGCAACUUAGCACCUCCGCAUGCAUUAUCUAAGCCUCAAAUUGUGCCAAAAGAUCAUAACAGGGGCAGUGAUGCUAGCACUAAUCACCCUAAAUCAACCAAUAAACCCAGCGAGGAGUUGCAUUCUGAUAAAAGUAAGUUCAGUGCUAAUCUAACCAAUGAAUUAAUUGUGCAUGAGUCAAAAGACCAUGAAAAUUCAAAUCCAUCGCAGGUCGCAAACCUCCAGAAUUACAUUUCCCUAAUUAAGUCAAACAGCUCUUGUCUGCAGGGUUUCAUAAAAACAGAACAACAAAAGCCUGCACAUAAUCAAGGAUGUGCAGAAACAGAACAUGAGGGACACUGUGCAACAUGCCCACCGGUAACAACAGCCCAGCAAAAGAAUUCAAAUGCAGGACGGUUUGCCUUGGGUGUAUCAGCCAGUCAUGCAAAUGUUAAGCUUAAAACUGACGUAGUUAAAGAGACACAUCCCAUCAACUCAACACCCUCUGUAACAGUGCAAACAAACUGUGGACCCAUCACCUCAACUAGAAAUGUCAAACCCAUCAUCAAAUCCUCAGUCCAGCAAAACUCUGACAUAUUAUUACCGCCACAAACACUCACACGUCCCGAGCGUUCUUUCACUGCGCCAGCCCCAUGCAGCAGUGAGAGAGAACCCCGUAUGCACACAGGCCUUGAUUGCAAUUCCAUAUUGCUAUCAUCAACAAAGCCCUUGGCAUCCUAUCUCCGCCUCCAGUCUAAGAAAGUGGAGGCAAUUGACAACCCCGCUCCUCCUCAGCCGUGCCCAGAGGACACCAGCCUGGCUCACUCCCACCCAGCUGAUGCAGCCCUGCUGCUGCCAUCUUCCCCACAGUGCUGCAAAUCAGCAGCCUUACAGCAGAGACUCGAGACUGUGGAGGCCAGCCUGGCAGCCAACAAGGACAGGAUCACAACUCUGCUUAACAUUAUCCAUGACCUAGAGACAUGCCACGCUCCCACCAGUGGUCGGCGAUCCCACAAAACAGGACAGGACUUCAAAGACUGUUCAACGUGCCAGAAAACUGCUUGUGUUGUAUACAGUGUAGAGUAUGACUUCAGGCAGCAGGAAAGACGCUUCUUGGAGGUUCUGAAUCGUUCAACUGCGCACCUGUCCCAGCCUUUAACCUUCAGCCUGCUCCAAAAUGUCGUCAUUAAGAACUUAACAAAGACAAAGCUGAAAAGCAAAAAGCUGUGCAAGACUCUGUUCAAAUGGCUUCCAAGAAAAACUCACAAAGUCUAGACCUCUUUUCAGUACCUGUGUGCGGUUUAAUAGCCAUUAUCCUGUGUUACAAGUGACCAGCAGAAGCCUUUUGCAGAGAACUCUUACUAUUCCCUUUCUGCCCGUAGAAUGAGAUUGCUUUGAAUUAUGUUCUUCCCAAGUAAAGUUCCACUCUUCUGCACACUGUCAAAGCCUAUAUGAAGGAUUUUCUCAAAUUUGAACCUGAUCUUUGUGACCUUCAACUAGUACCAUCCAUAAGAAAUGUAUUUUCACUUU